AUGGCUCCGAACAAGAAGGAAGAGAGCGCGUCUUUUGAAGCAAUUAUUCAUAAUGCCCGUCUCCGGCGUCAAAAGCAAGCCUUGACAGACGAUUUUUUCGGAAAAGCAAGAAAAUCGGGCACCCCAGGAUCCAAUGUGUCUAGCAGAAGAGGCUCCCCAGUUACUAGGAGCCUUGCGAGCAGAGUCGAAAAGGUUUCCCUCCCCCGCGAUCCUUGCAGCUUGCCCAACCAGAACCGUGUGGCGUCCGCGGGCGUGAAGAAGCAACAGGUGAAGCCUACAACCACACGGCAAACCAGAGAGAGUCGCCUACUAUCGGGCGUUCUCCCAAUAAUUGAUAAUACCGAUCGCACGAAGACACAAGGACCUGGUUUGAAUAUUAAAGGCCGUGCAUCUGGCCCCUGUGUCGUCAUUGGCAGUAACUUUGCUCCUGGAACUACUGCGGAGGACAUUGAAGCUGCGUUCAGCCCCACUGGAGGGGAUAUUCUCCAAUGCAGAAUUACAAAGUCAUACCCCUCCGUAACAGCACUGAUGGUAUUCGCUGAAAGACGAGGAGCUGAUAGCGUUGUGGCGGCCUUCAAUUCACAAAAGGCAGACGGAAGGGUUAUUCAAGUUCGGAUAGAUACAGCUAACCCGGCUACAGUCCUAGCGCAAGCGAACUCUGCUUCUGCUAUCAGGACCAAAUCGGCAUUUGACAGUAGUCGUGAGCUGGCAGACCAGGAGCGCCGUGAAAAUCGUCGUCCUGCGGAGUUUCAAGAUGGUCGUUUUGGGUUUGCAGACCCAGCAGAACAGCCACGGCAGCAACAGCCCAAUUCAUAUGACCAAGACCAUAGGAACAACAGCCAGAGCUGGGGAAGAGCUCGGAGACAAAGCGAAAAACAGCACAAUUCAACCAAGCCUGACUUGUAUGAUACAAUGAUGGUUGACUCGCAGCCGUUUAGGACCCGGAGACGUUAG